ACCAUGCAGCCAGCAAUGAUGAUGUUCUCCAGCAAAUACUGGGCACGACGGGGCCUUUCACUGGACUCAGCUGUGCCCCAAGAAUACCCAUUACCCGGGAAUGUAACUCUAAACAGAACAAAUUCUGGUAGAAGUGAUGAUAAACAAGCUAAUAAAGAUACAAGCAAGAAUGAGUCAACAUCAGAAGGUGGCAAGACUGCUGUGGUGUUUUCUUUAAAAAAUGAAGUUGGUGGCUUGGUAAAAGCUCUCAGACUUUUCCAGGAGAAGCAUGUGAGUAUGGUUCAUAUUGAAUCCAGAAAAUCCAAGCGAAGGAGUUCAGAGGUAGAAAUUUUUGUGGAUUGUGACUGCACUAGGAAAGAAUUCAAUGAGCUCAUUCAGCUGUUAAAGUAUGAAACAAACAUUGUGACUCUGAAUCCUCCAGAAAACAUCUGGACUGAUGAGGAAGAGCUGGACUGUGUGCCUUGGUUUCCCCGAAAGAUUGCUGAAUUAGACAAAUGUUCCCAGAGAGUUCUCAUGUAUGGUUCCGAACUGGAUGCGGAUCACCCUGGAUUUAAGGACAAUGUCUACCGACAGAGAAGAAAAUAUUUUGUAGAUGUUGCCAUGAGUUAUAAAUAUGGCCAGCCAAUUCCUAGAGUAGACUAUACACCUGAAGAAAUAAAAACCUGGGGCGUGGUGUUCAGGGAGCUUUCAAAACUCUAUCCUACUCAUGCUUGUCGAGAAUAUUUGAAAAAUUUCCCAUUGCUGACAAAGUACUGUGGCUAUAUUGAUGAUAAUGUCCCACAAUUGGAGGAUGUCUCUAUGUUUCUCAAAGAAAGGUCUGGUUUCACAGUCAGACCAGUGGCUGGAUAUUUGUCACCUCGUGAUUUCUUAGCUGGCCUGGCCUACCGGGUUUUCCACUGUACCCAGUACAUACGCCAUGGUUCAGAUCCCCUUUAUACUCCUGAACCGGAUACAUGCCAUGAACUUCUGGGACAUGUGCCUCUGCUUGCUGACCCCAAAUUUGCCCAGUUUUCUCAAGAGAUUGGCUUGGCCUCUCUGGGAGCAUCUGAUGAAGAUGUCCAAAAACUUGCUACUUGUUAUUUUUUCACCAUUGAAUUUGGCCUUUGUAAGCAAGAUGGACAACUGAGAGCUUAUGGAGCAGGCCUUCUGUCUUCUAUUGGAGAGCUCAAGCAUGCUCUGUCUGAUAAAGCCAAUGUGAAAACAUUUGAUCCAAAGACAACCUGCUUGCAAGAAUGCCUUAUCACAACUUUCCAGGAAGCUUACUUUGUCUCAGAAAGUUUUGAAGAAGCCAAAGAAAAGAUGAGGGACUUUGCAAAAUCAAUCAACCGUCCCUUUUCUGUUUAUUUCAACCCAUAUACCCAAAGCGUUGAAAUUCUGAAAGACACCAGAAGCAUUGAAAAUGUUGUCCAGGAUCUCCGAAGUGACCUGAACACAGUGUGUGAUGCUUUAAGCAAAAUGAAUAGAUAUUUGGGAAUCUGA